CUCUCCCCACGCCAUCACCUCUGAGCCCCAAGUGAGAGGCAAACAACAAUGGGAGUUCUUGGCAGGGUGGCUUGGGCAUGGCUGGUGCAGCUGCUGCUGCUCCAGCAGCACGCCGGAGCGUCGCAUGUCGUCUACGACGACCUCGAGCUGCAGGCGACUGCCGCCGCCGCGGAGGGCGUGCCGCAUUCCAUCGUCGACUCGCAGCUCAGGACUGGGUACCAUUUCCAGCCACCCAAGAACUGGAUCAAUGAUCCGAACGCGCCGAUGUACUACAAGGGGUGGUACCAUCUGUUCUACCAGUACAACCCCAAGGGAGCUGUGUGGGGUAACAUCGUGUGGGCGCACUCGGUGUCACGUGACCUCAUCAACUGGGUGGCGCUCAAGCCGGCCAUCGAGCCUAGCAUCAAGGGCGACAAGUAUGGCUGCUGGUCGGGCUCGGCGACGAUGAUGCCCGACGGCACGCCGGUGAUCAUGUACACCGGCGUCAACCGCCCCGACGUCAACUACCAGGUCCAGAACGUGGCGCUCCCGAGGAACCGGUCGGACCCGCUGCUCCGGGAGUGGGUCAAGCCGGGGCACAACCCGGUGAUCGUGCCCGAGGGCGGCAUCAACGCCACGCAGUUCCGCGACCCGACCACCGCGUGGCGCGGCGCCGACGGGCACUGGCGGCUGCUCGUCGGCAGCCUCGCGGGGCAGUCCCGCGGAGUGGCGUACGUGUACCGGAGCAAGGACUUCCGGCGGUGGACGCGGGUGGCGCAGCCGCUGCACUCGGCGGCCACGGGGAUGUGGGAGUGCCCGGACUUCUACCCGGUCACCGCGGACGGACGGCGCGAGGGCGUCGACACCACCGCCGUCGUCGUCGACGCCUCCGGCGGCGCCGCCGCGCGCGUCAAGUACGUGCUCAAGAACAGCCUCGACCUGCGCCGGUACGACUACUACACCGUCGGCACGUACGACCGGAAGGCCGAGCGGUACGUGCCGGACAACGCCGACGGCGACGAGCACCACCUCCGGUACGACUACGGCAACUUCUACGCGUCCAAGACGUUCUACGACCCGGCCAAGCGCCGCCGGAUCCUCUGGGGCUGGGCCAACGAGUCCGACACCGCCGCCGACGACGUGGCCAAGGGCUGGGCCGGAAUCCAGGCUAUUCCGAGGAAGGUUUGGCUGGACCCAAGUGGGAAGCAACUGCUGCAGUGGCCAAUCGAGGAGGUCGAGAGGCUGAGAGGGAAGAAGCCGGUCAUCCUCAAGGACAGGGUGGUGAAGCCAGGGGAACACGUCGAGGUGACUGGGCUACAAACUGCACAGGCUGACGUGGAGGUGAGCUUCGAGGUGGCGAGCCUGGGGGCGGCGGAGCGGCUGGACCCGGCGAUGGCGUACGACGCGCAGAGGCUGUGCAGCGCACGGGGCGCCGACGCGAGGGGCGGCGUGGGGCCGUUCGGCCUGUGGGUGCUCGCCUCCGCCGGCCUCGAGGAGAAGACCGCCGUGUUCUUCAGGGUGUUCAGGGCGGCGCGCGCCGGCGGCAAACCCGUCGUGCUCAUGUGCACCGACCCCACCAAGUCCUCGCGCAACCCAAACCUGUACCAGCCGACAUUUGCAGGUUUUGUUGACACCGACAUCACGAACGGGAAGAUAUCUCUGAGAAGCCUGAUCGACAGGUCCGUUAUUGAGAGUUUCGGAGCUGGAGGCAAGGCCUGCAUCCUGUCAAGGGUGUACCCGUCGCUGGCCAUCGGCAAGAACGCCCACCUUUACGUUUUCAACAAUGGCAAGGCGGAGAUCAAGGUGUCACAGCUCACCGCGUGGGAGAUGAAGAAGCCACUCAUGAAUGGCGCCUAAUAAUAUUUGGAGGAGAUACAUAGAUGCAUGAUGAAUGAUGAGAGCCACCUUACUAGCCAGCUAGCUGUUUUGAGUUUCAGCUGAAAUUUGAUCGCCCUUAUGUGCUAAAUCAUGUCCCUUGUUCGAUCAAAAUGGUUUCAGACUUUCAGUCACACGUGUUGUGUGCAUAUACCAAGCGGACAAUUUGUAUCCAUUGAUGCCAUUAGGACUAAUAAAGAUUGAUGCUAAUA